AUGUUUGUUUUUGGUCUGUGUUCGCUGAUCUUGGUCACCUUGUUUGCGAGAUCUUCGUGUGACAUGGACAAAACUGAAGACUAUCCAAAGGUUGCCAUCAUCAACACCAUCUUUAUGGGUCUGUACACAAGUAUUGAUGACGUAGACAACGAAGUGGAAUGUGUUCAGGCUUGUAAGGAGCUUCCACAUUGCUAUAAGGUUCUUAGAUACAACUGUGUAACAGGAACAUGUACCUACAGAAAAUACAGCAUAGAGGAUAUCAACUACAUUGAUUCUACUGAAUGUAAACAAAUGUGUUCCAAGUACGAUUAUUGUUUGUCAGUUAUCGAAUUCCAAGGCAAUUGUCAUCUUUUUGACCGAAUACUGCCGAAACAAUGGAUGCAUGAAAUAACAAACCACCCGGACGGAGACGUUUAUUCAUUUAAGCAAUUGUAA